AUGUUCACUGUGUGGCACGUGUCAGUGCUGGUUUUGGUUUUAAUUGCCAGUGUCAGAAGGUGUAGGGUCUGGCACUACUCCCUCACAAACUUUCUCUUUAAGAGGCGAGAUUCUGCUGCUUGGUCUGUUUAUUACACAGCUCGAAACUGGCACAUGGGCACCCUGGCUGGGCACAAUGCGAAUGCGACAGCGUGAGCUCCUGCCGAGGUGAACGCAUGCUGUGGAUGAAAGGAGGGCACAAGAACCGCUGAUUCAGACAAUCGACCUGCUAUUUGGACCAAAUGAGACGUGAACUGGAGCAGUUCGUGGAGGUGUACACGUGAGGGACAUCAUGGAGGAAGUCCCGGGGACGAGAUGCUGUGAGCGCACCUUCACCAAGUAACUGAGCCGUGGAGUGAACACACGGACAGGGAUGGCUGCGUCUAGUAACUCCAGCCUCUCUGGUUCAUCCCUGUCUUCCGACCCUGAAGAUUACCAACCACCCAUAUGGAAAUCCUACUUGUACCAGCUUCAACAGGAGGCUCCAAGACCAAAGAGGGUCACAUGUCCACAGGAGAUGGAGACCCGGCCCAAAUACUACGGCAGAGAAUUUCAUGGUAUCAUAUCUCGGGAAUAUGCCGACGAGCUGUUGGGGGGAGUGGAGGGAGCUUACCUCAUCAGAGAGAGUCAAAGACAGCCAGGGACUUACACCUUGGCUUUAAGGUUUGGGCAUCAGUCACUCAACUACAGGUUAUUCUACGAUGGGAAGCACUUUGUUGGGGAGAAAAGGUUUGAAUCGGUGCAUGACCUUGUAACAGAUGCUUUGAUUACUCUGUACAUCGAGACGAGGGCGGCAGAGUAUAUCGCCAAAAUGACCACCAACCCCAUCUACGAACACCUGGGCUACACGUCGCUGCUCAAAGACAAGACAGUGCACAGACUGAGCCGGGCCCGCACAGAACAACGGCGUGUCACUUUCCAAAGGGAUGAAAAGAUAACAUCCCCUGUGGUGCGCAAGACUGCACUUAAAGAUGCUCCAGAGAAGCAGUGUUCUUAUGAGAAGAUCCACAACUUUAAGGUGCACACGUUCAGAGGGCCACACUGGUGUGAAUACUGUGCCAACUUCAUGUGGGGUCUUAUUGCUCAAGGCGUCCGCUGCUCUGACUGUGGGCUGAAUGUACACAAACAAUGCUCCAAACUGGUGCCCAGCGACUGCCAGCCAGACCUGCGCAGGAUUAAAAAAGUCUUCAGCUGUGACCUCACCACUCUUGUCAAAGCUCACAACACAACACGACCAAUGGUGGUAGACAUGUGCAUACGCGAAAUAGAAUUUAGAGGUAUGAAAUCUGAAGGUCUCUAUCGAGUUUCUGGCUUUUCUGAACACAUAGAAGAUGCACGACUCACCUUUGAUCGAGAUGGCGACAAGGCUGAUAUCAGUGCCAGUGUUUUUGCAGACAUCAACAUCAUUGCUGGGGUUUUAAAGUUGUACUUAAGAGACCUACCCAUUCCUAUCAUCACAUUUGAUUUAUACUCCAAAUUUAUUCAGUCUGCAAAGAUUCCAGAUUCUGAGUCUCGACUGGAGGCCAUUCAUGAAGCUCUUCUCCAGUUGCCACCUGCCCACUAUGAGACGUUACGUUACCUGAUGGCUCAUCUCAAGAGGGUAACAAUGUUUGAAAAGGACAAUUUAAUGAAUGCAGAGAACCUGGGUAUUGUCUUUGGUCCAACUCUUAUGCAACCUCCAGAACUGAAUGCGUUGACGACACUGAACGACAUGAGACAGCAGAAGUUAGUGGUGCAGCUUAUGAUUGAGAACGAAGAUGUCUUGUUUUAAUGACUCAAAAACAUGAUGGAGGAUUAUUUAUUCUAUAGAAAAGUAUGAGUUAGAUUUUUCCUAACAUUCUUGUUUUUGUUGUUGACGGUGUUGCUGUAUUAGGUGAGUUUUCAGAACAUAAAAAAAUACAUUUUUUACUGUUCCCUCCAGUUUUGCAUGGAGGACCAUCACUACCUGCUGUAGAUGGUCUAAAUGACAAAGCUGUGAGAAUUUUCUACAGAUAAU